GUCGUCGUAUACGGUAACACCUGGAAUUGCAGGGAAGCUGCGAGACCGCAGUAGUCUGCAACUUCGCGCCAGAAACCCUAAAGAGACAUAGAGGAGCUCUCUCUGCGAGGACACAUGAGCAAUAAUUCAUCUCCCGUAAUGAACAGUCCAGAUCAGCCUGACACAAGCGCCCCCACGCCCAAACCACAGCCCGCCAAGAUGGUUAAACUCGAAGACACUGAAAAGAAGAUUUUUCAUAAGAAACUCAAAGAUGUUGAGAUUAGUGUUCCGAUAGUGUAUGGCAAUAUUGCAUUCUGGCUCGGUAAGAAGGCAAACGAGUACCAAUCACAUAAGUGGACCGUGUAUGUUCGUGGGGCAACCAAUGAGGAUCUGGGAGUGGUGAUAAAGCGUGUUGUUUUCCAGUUGCAUUCUAGUUUCAAUAAUCCCACAAGGGUGGUUGAGUCACCGCCAUUUGAAUUGUCUGAAUGUGGCUGGGGUGAAUUUGAGAUCGCCAUUACACUAUUUUUCCACAGUGAUGUUUGUGAAAAGCCCCUAAACUUAUUUCAUCAUUUGAAGUUGUAUCCAGAAGAUGAAUCUGGUCCUAUAUCGACCAAGAAACCUGUGGUCGUGGAAUCCUAUGAUGAGAUUGUGUUCCCUGAGCCUUCAGAGAGUUUUCUAGCUCGUGUCCAGAAUCACCCUGCUAUAGUUUCCCCCAGAUUACCUUCUGGUUUGACUUUGCCACCUCCUGUGCCAGUUGAAGACCCAAGUAAAAGAAAGAGAGGUGACACAAAAGAUCAUCCCCUGACCCAGUGGUUCAUGAAUUUUUCAGAAGCUGAUGAGCUUCUACAACUGGCUGCAGCUCGUCAACAGGUUCAAGCUCAUAUUGCUAAAUUUCGAAGAGAGAUAAGUUUGAUGGAUGUGCAACAACAACAAGUGAAUUCUUUCUCCGACCAUUGAAUGCAUCAGAUUUUCGUGAUCUCAAUUCCAACUAGAUUUUGCAGCAGAAGCUUUCAAAUUUUCUUUCACCGUAGAUACUGAUUAUAUGUAUUGUAUCAGCUACGGAGAGAUUUUGUCCUUUCCCCUAUUAGUUUUUCUUUUUACUGAACUUUGUGGUUUUACGCAUCACAAUGCGGCUUUGUAUCAAG